CCCACUUUGUAGAUGAUGAUGAUGCAUGGUACUCCUUGGCCAUUCCUUGUACGUCAGAUACCACCAAUUAAAAAAAUUCAGGAAACUUACUGGGAAUUAGUUGUAAAAAUGGAAGCUGAAUCAGAAGGUGUACAGAAAUCUGAUAAAACAUCUGGCAAGAAGCCAAGAAGAAGAAUGAAAGCAACUUUCACAAAGAUCAGGGAACAGAUGGAGUUUUACUUCAGUGAUUCCAAUCUACACAAGGACAGAUUCCUGAAGAAAUCCAUAGAUGAAACAUCUGACGGUUAUAUAGCUCUUGAUGUUUUCCUGACAUUCAACAAGAUAAAGAGGUUGACAGGCAAGGUGGAAGUGGUAGCAGAUGCUCUACACCAAAAAUCAAACUUUCUACAGUUAAACCCAGAGAAGACACAUGUUAAGAGAGUAACACCGUAUAAAGAGCCUGAGAAUGUGGAUGAAAGGACUGUCUAUGUGGAGUGUAUUCCACAUCAUGCUGACCAUGAGUGGGUGAAGAAGUUGUUCUCUGCAUGUGGCAAGGUGGCAUACAUCAGUUUACCAAGAUAUCCUAGCACUGGUGACCCUAAAGGGUUUGGAUUUGUUGAGUUUGAGACCUUAGAAGGGGCGCAGGCUGCAUGUCAGGAGCUUAACAAUCCACCUGCUGAUUUUUCUCACAAAGCAGGAAUGUUUCCUAAAUCUAGCCAUCAGAUGGAUGCAAUAAGAAAAAAGUUGCCGGAAGAACAAGUAAAACAGACAGAAGAAAAAGCAAAAGAUCUGAUUUCAACUGGUAAUGAAGAACAUGUUAAUACUGUUGGUGAACCCGAAACUGUAGAAGACUCUGAAAAGACCAAAGAUAAAGAAACAAAGUCCAACAAAAGACGUAGAACAAACAGUGGCAGUGAUAGUGCAGCUAAUGCAGAUUCUAGUCCUACUAAACGUAGGAAAUCUGAUGUAACUUUUGAAGUUCCUUCAGAUGAUUCAAAGCUUACCGAUGACAAAACUGCAGGUGGCAAGAAGAAAUCUCGUAAAAGGAAAAGUAGGUCAAAAACGGUUGAUUCUGAGGAGUCUAAAGGUGAAAGUGAUUUAGAUAAAAGUGGAGACAUUAUUCCGGAAAAGAAACAAAAAUUAGAUGAGAAAAGUGUCAAUGGAGUACAUGAGAAAACAGAAAGGAAGACUGAAAAUAGUGCAAAAGAAAGUGAACAACGUAAUAAGGAAAAUACAUCACACAAAAGGAAGAGGUUUAGACGUAAGAAAGACAAGAAGGAGAAAGAAUUCCCUGAACUCAGAGUGCUUCCCAAAAAAGAAUGGUUAGAGCUAAGAGAUGAAUACUUGAAGUUACAGAAAACAAGUAUGGCACUUCUGAAGAAGACAUUGGGAGAAUAUACGGACCAUAGCAAGAAAGAUGAUGUUAAGAAGUCAGAAAGGAAGGAGAUAGAGUUUAAACCUGAUGUUGUUGUUAAAGUUUCAUCUGAUAAUCCAAUGAAGAGAAAAAACCUCAAGACUGGUCUUGGAGAGGGAUACAAGAUAGCUUAUAUAGAUGUAAAAGAUGAUCAGACUGAGGGAUAUAUAAGAUGUGAACUUGCUGAGUCAGCUAAACAGAUCUGUGCAGCUACCGUGCCCGGAUAUACAUUUAGUGCUGUUACAGGAGAAGAGGAGAAGAUAUACUGGGAUAAACUUAAACUAGACAGAGAAACCAAGUUUAAUACAAAAUGCCGACACAAAAAACGAGGACAUGAGAAGUGGACAGAGAAAGCCCAGAAAGCCAGUAUUGAGAAUGUUGAUAAAAGACACAUCAUUUUUGAAGAUGAAUGAACAUAUCUGAGACAGUUGCUUUACAUUUAGUAGCACAGUGUGUCUUCAUCAACAGUGUAGCAAAGGAUCAUGUCUGUUUGGAUACAUUGUAUUAUACAGACUUGCUGCAUAAAGUUGUUUCAGUCUGUCUGUACAUCAGGAAAGCAGGAUGUUUAAGUUGUACAAAAAUGUGUUGGCAAUGCUACAGCGAAGAGUUAUUGUUUGUGUUUUACCUGCAGCUGUGUAAAAAUUUACAGUAAUGUUGAAGAGGAGUGAAAAUUAUGAACACUUUCAGUUUUUGCAGAAAAUAAAUAAUAUAUUUAAAAUA